AUGUGUGUACCCGGUUACCAGCAGUAUAUCCAAGGGAAUAUAAAUCAGCUCCCGAGACGGGUGGUGCAAGAAGUCUUAUGGAUCGAUUCAAAAGGAAACACAAAGACGGCCUCCAAGUCAUGGACGCUGGACUGGCUUGGUUACAGCGCCUUAGGGCGCCAGGGAGACCCGGACAAGGAUUCGGCGUGGAACUGGGCUGAGAACAACAAGAAGAGCUUUACCUUUCAUCUGUUCAACUCGGAGUCGGAUACUACAGUGACAGGCUCGCGGUACGAGGUCUUCAAUCACAACCUCGUUGCGAAGUCCGGCUUCGAGAGCGAUAUGGGCAAUGUGGUUGCAGCCAUGAACUUUUUCAACAACCCUAAGUACAGAUACGACAGCUUCAAUGCCUGGUGUCGGAACGAUAAAAAUGGACGAAGGAAUCACCCUCUGUGGGGAGAGAAAUACCCUAAUUUUGUUCGGAUCAAGGGAUGCAAGGUCGAAUUUGACAAUGGAGCUGCCAGUGCGAAGAUCAAGAGAGGUGAACAACCGACUAUGGAGGAAAUGUUUAACAUCACACGUAUCGAGAUGGUCAAUGAUGCGCCUGAGAUCGAAGUCCCAGUACCAGAUGGUGCACUUAAUAUUGAGGAAGGGUAUUAA